AUGAGUGACCUUAAUAUCUUUAUCACGUCAGAUUUAACGUCAUCGGAGAGACGCAUCUCGCCUCAAUGGAAUCUUCACUACCUCAAACAAAGACUAGAACAAAUCACAGGUGUUGAGCCGAGAAACCAAGUUUUGCAAUAUUUCCCAAACAAAUAUUCUAACGAGUUUCAUAAGAUACUGCAUAAUGAUUCUGGUAUUCGAGAUGAGGAUGUUUUAUUAUCAUCAUUGGGAUUGAAAGAUUACAGCAGAAUCCAUGUGAUUGAUUCCGACCCAUACUCAACUACAAACCAGCUUACUAAUGAGUCAUCUCCUUCCAACAUACCUCUCGCGCCAGGUUCGUCGAGCAAUGGCGCACCAGUUGAGGGCGAGUUCCAGCUAUCAGAAGAAGAAUACAAGAGACGAGCCAAUUCUGUUUUGAAUUGGAAAGCGCAGAACAAACUAGGCCGGUUCAACCCGGAGUACCAAACAUUGCAGGCACAACAACAGGCCAAGGACCGAGAAGCAUUGGCCAACAUCCAUGUUGGGGAUCGAUGCAGAGUUAUCAAUAUUUCAGGGGAGAGAAGAGGGGUAGUGAAAUAUACCGGGAAAAUCGAAGUUUUGGAUAAUGGAGAAAAGGAGUGGGUAGGGAUAGAAUUUGAUGAACCUGUAGGAAAGAAUAGUGGAAACAUUGGAACAAUUCAAGUAUUUGAUUGCCGACCGGGACAUGGAAGUUUUGUUAAACCUACCACCGUUGAAGUUGGCGAUUUCCCAGAAUUAGAUCCAUUUGAUGAUAUGGACGAUCUGGAUGAGGAGUUGUGA